AUGGCCGAACACUCUGCAACCGGCGCCCCGGCGCUGUCGACUAACAUCGAGAGCGGCAACUUUAAUGAGAAGGAGACUCAUCCUGGCCACCCUGCCCCUACCAAGCCGAAGGCGGUAGAAGAGGAGGAGGAGGAUGAGGACAUCGACGCCCUCAUCGAGGACCUGGAGAGUGUCGAUGGACACGGCGAAGAUGACGAGGAAGAGGUCGUCCAACCCGGCUCUGGGCGCGUUGUCCCUGAGGACAUGCUCCAGACAGAUACCCGCGCCGGUCUGACUUCCGACGAGGUCAUCGUGAGACGCAAGAAGUAUGGUCUCAACCAAAUGAAGGAGGAGAAGGAGAAUCUCAUUCUCAAGUUCUUCGGCUACUUCGUUGGUCCUAUUCAGUUUGUCAUGGAGGCUGCUGCUGUCUUGGCGGCCGGUCUCGAGGAUUGGAUUGAUUUCGGUGUUAUUAUCGCUCUGUUGCUGCUCAACGCAGCUGUCGGUUUCAUUCAAGAGUUCCAGGCUGGAUCCAUCGUCGAAGAACUCAAGAAGACUCUCGCUCUCAAGGCUGUUGUUCUCCGUGACGGUACACUCAAGGAAGUUGAGGCCCCCGAAGUCGUUCCCGGCGAUAUCCUCCAGGUCGAAGAGGGAACCAUCAUUCCCGCCGAUGGCCGCAUCGUAACCGAGGAUGCCUACCUUCAGGUCGACCAGUCUGCCAUCACCGGUGAAUCUCUUGCCGUCGACAGGCACAAGGGUGACCAAUGCUACGCUUCUUCUGCCGUCAAGCGUGGUGAGGCUUUCGUCGUUGUCACUGCCACUGGUGAUAACACGUUCGUCGGUCGCGCUGCUGCUCUUGUCAACGCCGCUAGCGCCGGAAGCGGUCACUUCACUGAGGUUCUGAACGGCAUCGGUACUAUUCUCCUCAUUCUCGUCGUUUUCACCAACUUGGUCGUCUGGGUCUCCUCUUUCUAUCGCUCCAACCCGAUCGUCAAGAUUCUCGAGUUCACCCUUGCCAUCACCAUCAUUGGUGUGCCCGUCGGUCUCCCCGCUGUCGUCACGACUACCAUGGCCGUCGGUGCUGCCUACCUCGCUCGCAAGAAGGCCAUCGUCCAGAAGCUGUCUGCUAUCGAAUCCCUUGCUGGUGUCGAGAUUCUCUGCUCCGACAAGACCGGUACCCUCACCAAGAACAAGCUCUCGCUCGCUGAGCCCUACACGGUUGCCGGCGUUGAUCCCGAGGAUCUCAUGCUCACUGCCUGCUUGGCCGCCUCGCGCAAGAAGAAGGGUAUGGACGCCAUCGACAAGGCUUUCCUCAAGAGCUUGAAGCUCUACCCCCGCGCCAAGAGUGUUCUCAGCAAGUACAAGGUCAUCGAGUUCUUCCCCUUCGACCCUGUCUCCAAGAAGGUUACCGCCAUUGUUCAGUCCCCCCAGGGCGAGCGCAUCACCUGUGUCAAGGGAGCUCCUCUUUUCGUUCUCAAGACUGUCGAGGAAGACCACCCCAUCCCCGAUGAGGUCGACCAGGCCUACAAGAACAAGGUUGCCGAGUUCGCUACCCGUGGUUUCCGUUCGCUCGGUGUUGCCCGCAAGCGUGGUGAGGGCUCUUGGGAGAUUCUCGGAAUCAUGCCUUGCAGCGAUCCUCCCCGUCACGAUACCGCCCGCACCAUCAACGAAGCCAAAGGUCUCGGUCUCUCCAUCAAGAUGCUUACCGGUGACGCCGUCGGUAUCGCCAGGGAAACUUCUCGCCAACUUGGAUUGGGCACUAACGUGUACAAUGCUGAGCGUCUUGGUCUUGGCGGCGGCGGCGACAUGCCCGGCUCUGAGGUUUAUGAUUUCGUCGAGGCUGCCGAUGGUUUCGCUGAGGUGUUCCCCCAGCACAAGUACAAUGUCGUCGAGAUUCUGCAGCAGCGUGGCUACCUCGUUGCCAUGACUGGUGACGGUGUCAACGACGCUCCCUCGCUCAAGAAGGCUGAUACUGGUAUUGCUGUCGAGGGUGCGUCCGACGCUGCCCGCUCCGCUGCCGACAUUGUUUUCCUUGCCCCUGGUCUCGGUGCCAUCAUCGAUGCUCUCAAGACGUCUCGCCAGAUUUUCCACCGCAUGUACGCGUACGUUGUCUACCGUAUUGCGCUUUCGAUCCAUCUGGAGAUUUUCCUCGGCCUGUGGAUCGCCAUUCUCAACCAGAGCUUGAACAUCGAGCUUGUCGUCUUCAUUGCUAUCUUUGCCGAUGUCGCCACCCUCGCCAUUGCCUACGAUAACGCCCCGUUCAGCAAGACUCCCGUUAAGUGGAACCUUCCCAAGCUUUGGGGCAUGUCUGUUCUUCUCGGAGUUGUUCUCGCUGUCGGUACCUGGAUUGCUCUCACGACCAUGUAUGCCGCUGGUGGCCCCAACGGUGGUAUCGUGCAGAACUUCGGUAACCUGGACGAGGUUCUCUUCCUUGAGAUCUCCCUGACUGAGAACUGGCUCAUCUUCAUCACUCGUGCCAAUGGCCCCUUCUGGUCCUCCAUUCCCUCGUGGCAGCUCAGCGGUGCCAUUCUGGUUGUCGAUCUUAUUGCCACCUUCUUCACCAUUUGGGGAUGGCUCGAGCAUUCCAACACCAGCAUCGUCGCUGUUGUGAGAAUCUGGAUCUUCUCUUUUGGUGUCUUCUGCAUCAUGGGUGGUGUUUACUACAUUCUGCAAGACAGCGUCGGAUUCGACAAUCUGAUGCACGGCAAGUCGCCCAAGGGCAACCAGAAGCAGCGUUCGCUCGAGGACUUUGUCGUUUCGCUCCAGCGUGUAUCGACACAGCACGAGAAGUCGCAAUAA